AUGCCUACAGGUGCUGGAAAAAGUUUAGUCUACCAAUUACCGGCACUACUUAAUCUCGAUGCAUUUAAAGUAGACGGACGAUGUUUUGGUUCAGUUACACUGGUGAUUAGUCCAUUAGUCUCUUUAAUGGUAGAUCAAUCGAUCAAUUUAACAAAAUAUGGUCUUGAGCCAGAUACAAUCGCUGUUUUGGAUGCAAGUACACCAUUACCAGAACAACGUAGAAUUCUUUCAUUGCUUGCAGAGAAACCGGUCAGUUGGUUUUUUAAAAUUAUUAUUAUACCAAUAAAAAAGAGAUCUCGUCUACGUCUACUCUAUGUAACACCAGAGAAAUUGGCUAAAAGUAAAUUGUUGUUGAAUCGUUUAGAGUUGGCUUAUACCACUCAUCGACUGGCGUGUAUUGCUAUCGAUGAAGUUCAUUGUGCUAGUCAAUGGGGUCAUGAUUUUCGACCAGAUUAUAAAUUUCUACAUGUUCUGCGUCGACAAUUUCCCAGUGUACCAAUUAUCGGGUUGACAGCGACAGCAUCAGCUCAAGUUAUUGUAGAUGUGCAGAAUAUGCUGGGUAUUAAUAUUGAUAAGUGCUUAGUCCUCAGAACUAGUUAUAAUCGAGAAAAUCUGAAUUAUUACGUUGGUUUACAAGAAAUGCAUCCCAUUUUUACAGGCACGAUAAGAAAUGUUUUAAAUUACAAUCCUGGAUUAUCAUAUAAUAAUGUCACUAUCAAAGUUGAGUGA